UAAAGCGAAGUUCACGGUUCAAUAGUUACAAACUUAGUUAAAUAUUCUAAAUCCAAGUUUAUUGUUCGAAUAUUUAAAAUGUUUUCAAAAACCAUGAUACUGUUUUUUUGCGUGGCAUUGUAUUUUUCGAAAUGUUCAGAUGCUCGUCCUAAUCAAAAUCAACUUAACACAAUAACAAGAAUAGUCAAUGCGCAUAACAUGAGGGCUGGCCUGAGUUACGAUGGGCUAUUACAAGUAGUUGCCCAAGUAAAAAGGGAGACACGCGCAAUUGGAAAUUACUUCAACCGUGAUGCUGUAGAAGCGAGAAUAAUAGACAGUUAUUUUACGAAAGAAGAAUGUGUAAUUUACACCCAAAUGUUUCUAGGUGACGAUGAAUCGGCGGGGUAUGUAAGACAUUUAUACGAUUCCACUCAAUAUGGGUCUCAAAUAAAGUUUGUUCAACUAGGUUUUCUCGUUCAAGCAGCAGCACAAGCUAGGUAUAGGGAUACAUCCCCUCGUACACUUCAAAUAUUGAUAGCGCAAAUGAUAAGACUCACGUUUCUUUUUUGGACAAAAGAUGAUAUGAUUCGCAACAUUAGUCAACAAUUACAUUUUAAUUUAUAAAAUUAAUGCG